CACACUUUCAAAAUUAUUCAUUUGUUUAAUUCUGCAGAACGCACAAUCCACUGAUCAUUUAGAUGGCGCACUUAUUACGGGGUUCCAUUUCCAGUCUCGCGCGAGAACUCUGAUCUCACGUGUGAUCUUGCGUUAUUUCCUUAUUAUUUCUGGCGUAUGUUCGGUUGUGAAACGCAGUUUGCGCAGUGUGAAACCUCCUGUCGCCGUUCCAUCGUUCAGUGGGUACACAGCAGCGAGUGAAUGCUCCUGCAGAGAGUCGUGCAGUGUGAAAACAACCGUGAUCCGACGACUUUGAAAAUCGUGCAGUGUGAACUUGGCAUUGGAAAACAGGAAGUGGUAGGACUUUAACACACACAGUCAGUCAUUAGAGGGACAGGAUGGAGCUCAGUCCACUCUCUGUGAUGCUCUUGCUGAUUUCACUUUUACCAGUGACCCAGGCUCAAGGGAGUCCUAAAGCUGUGGUGUCCAUAACGCCUGAUACACAUGUGUUCAUUGAAGAGAUUGUUACUCUCAGAUGUGACAUACAGGGAGGAGGAGAUACUCAGUGGACUUACAGCUGGAUGAAAAAUAAUAAUGAAAUCAGAGGGGACAGAUUGAGAUACUACACAGACAAAAUGCAGGAGUUCAGAAUCCGGGCUGUUAAAGACUCUGACAGUGGUACCUACACCUGCAGAGGAGAUGGGAGUGACUCUCAGAUCUCAGAGAUCAGUGAUGCUGUUACACUGACUGUAUCAGCAAAACCCAAACUGACUGUGAGAGUGAAUCCUCAGAGCUCCGUCUACACUGGAGACACCGUCACUCUGAGCUGUGAGCUGCAGCAGGAGACUGGAUGGGAGUUUCAGUGGUACAAAAAUAAUCAGUUACAGAAUCUGAACAGUGAACAAGAGAACACACUUAAAGUGACAGUCGAUAAUGCAGGAGAAACAGAGUACAAGUGUCGAGCUCGCAGGGGAAACUGCCACACAGAGCUCAGUGAUCCUGUCAAGAUUACAGUGAGAGCAAGACCUAAACCAGUGGCAUCCAUAAAUCCUGAUAAUCAGGUGUUCAGUGGAGAGAACGUCACUCUGAUAUGUAACAUACAGGAUGAAAGUGUCUCUAGCUGGCAGUACAGCUGGUAUAAAGAUGCUUCACACAGUCCUGUCAGUAGUGGACAGGUGUACAGUAUCAGUGGUGUUGAAGUGACCCACACAGGUAAAUACACCUGUAGAGGAGCAGAGAGAGGAGGUUCACGCUCCUCACACUCCAGUGAUGCUGUUACACUGACUGUAUCAGCAAAACCCAAGCCGACUGUGAGAGUGAAUCCUCAGACUUCCGUCUACACUGGAGACACCGUCACUCUGAGCUGUGAGCUGCAGCAGGAGUUUGAAUGGUACAAAAAUAAUCAGCUGUUACAGAAUCUGAACAGUGAACAAGAGAACACACUUAAAGUGACAGUCGAUAAUGCAGGAGAAACAGAGUACAAGUGUCGAGCUCGCAGGGGAAACUGCCACACAGAGCUCAGUGAUCCUGUCAAGAUUACAGUGAGAGAAAAGGCCAGUGUGGCUGAUGAUACUGUCCACUCAGAGCUGAACCACAACAUGGAGCAGCAGAGUCUACUCAUCCCCUUCCCGUACACAGCAGUAGAGUCUACUCAUCCCCUUCCCGUACACAGCAGUAGAGUCUACUCAUCCCCUUCCAUUCUAGUUACACUGACUGUAUCAGAGAGACCACAGGCAGUACUGAGUGUAUCUCCACAGAGCUGGCUGACUGAAGGAGACUCAGUGACUCUAAGCUGUGAGGUUACAGACUCCUCUACAGACUGGACAUUCAGCUGGUACACAGUUGUUCCCUACAGAGACGGCUUAACUGGAAUAAAUAAUAAUGGUGGCUAUAGCGUGUAUGUGGAGCUCCUCUCAGACAGCAGCAGAGGAUCUGGAGGCAAAUACACUCUCAGUCCUGCUGCUCUUAAACACACAGGAGUUUAUAUGUGCAGAGGAGAGAGAGGAGAACCAGCCCUUCACUCACAGUACAGCAAUCCACAGCCACUAUGGAUCACUGGUGAAUCUCCUCCAGUCUCUCUGAUCAUCAAUCCCAGCAGAACUCAACACUUUACUAAUGACUCUCUCUCACUGAGCUGUGAGGACCAGAGUAACUCUACUGGAUGGACAGUGAGACGAUACACACACAGUGAGAGAGUGUUAGAUUGUUCACACUGGGGAUCAGUUACAGGAUCUACAUGUAACAUCAGCUUCCUCUCCACAUCCUACACUGGAGUUUACUGGUGUGAGUCUGAAUCUGGAGAAAACAGUAAUCCUGUCAACAUCACAGUGCAAGAUGUUGAUGUGAUCCUGGAGAGUCCUGUCCAUCCUGUGACUGAGGGACAUCCUCUGACUCUACGCUGUUUAUAUCACAACCCAAAUCCCUCAAACCUCCGAGCUGAUUUCUAUAAAGAUGGAUCAGUUCUCCAGAACCAGAGUACAGGAGAGAUGAUCAUCCAAACUGUCUUAAAGUCAGAUGAAGGUUUCUACCACUGUAAACACCCAGAGAGAGGAGAGUCACCCAAAAGCUGGCUCUCAGUCAGACAUCCUAGUUCCAAUGGUGGAUCCAUAUUAGUGCUGGUUGGGAGUUUGGGAUUAUUGUUUAUCGCUUUACUGAUCUUAUUGAUCCUGCUGUUGGCCUACAAAAGAAGAAAAGGUGAAGCUGCAGCUGAGAACAAUGAAGCCACGUAUACACAGGUCAUGAAGAAAAAGAAGACAAACAGGAACAAUGAAAAGGCCAGUGUGGCUGAUGAUACUGUCUAUUCAGCAUUGAAGCACAACAUGGAGAACCAGUGCAGAAAGGGCAAAAAGGAGACACUGAAGCAGUGA